CGCCCCAGCGGACACACACGAAGGAUAUUGCUAGUGGCUACCACAGACUCUGGUGGCUACACACACGCCUGCUUGAAGCGGUGUGUCUUUGGGUUCUUUUUCGUCGUCCGUUCAGGUUGAUGCUGUUAACGAACAGAAUUUUCACACAUGCCAUUCUAACACCCUGUGCUAAAACCAUAACGGCUGGAUGAGUGGGCCAUUCACUUCCCCAUCUGCCCAGGUGGCUGAGAUGAACCGCAUCCAUUAUGAGUUGGAGUACACAGAGGACAUCAGCCAGCGCAUGCGGAUCCCCGAGACCCUCAAGGUGGCCUCAGGGAACCAGAUGGAGUCUCAGUCACUUCAGCAGCCCCUGGCCAUUCACACAACUCUGAUGCAGGUGCCAGACAGGAUCAUCAUAGCAGGUGAUGAUGGGGACGCUCAAUUUUCUCGUACCCGAGAUUUGGACCUGAUUCAGUCCGUCCCUCCCAUGGACCUCUUGAACAUGAAGGCCCCACCGCAUAUCCUCACUCUUACAGAGCAGCCACUGGACUCCCUUGAAACCGAACAAACUGCCACUUCACAGAGCAAUCCCAGCCAGGUGGCCCACUUUCAUACUCGGUCUCGAAGGGAACGCAGCGCGAGUGAGAACAUAUCUGGCCGCCACAGCAGUCCGAUUGUCAGAGGUGAUAUGAGUGUAACCCCUUCCCCUUCUGCCCCCCCAGUCCGGUUGUGUCCCCCCCUCUGUUCCCCUGAGGAUGUGAACAUAAACUUGUUUACAGCUGCGGGGUUCCUGUCUUAUAUCCAGUCAACAACACGCCGGGCAUACCAGCAGGUUAUCGAGGUGCUGGAUGACAACCACCGCAGGAAAGCUCCUCGGGUGAAGAGCUGUAAUGGAGGAGGAUGUUAUGGAGUUUCUGGAGCAGCAAAACAGGACAAAAAGUUCCUGAUGAAUUGCAAAAGGACACACCUGGACCUGGCUCUGGAUAUAAACCCUGAUGAGUCUGGCUUAGUGGAUGCCUCCUCACUACGACGACAGAUUGUGAAGUUGAACCGGCGUCUGCAGCUGCUGGAGGAAGAAAACAAAGAACGCUCCAAGCGAGAGGUGAUCCUGUAUUCGGCUACGGUGGCAUUCUGGCUUAUUAACACCUGGAUCUGGUUCCGUCGCUAAGAUUGGACAUGAAUGAGUCUCUCAAAACACUGGAAGCCGAAGCAAUUCCUUGUUAAAGCUGCAACCAUUUAAAUACAGUAUGAGUCUUUACUACAUCUAAAGGCAACCACAGGAAACUACAACAACCUUGGCAAAUGUCCUCCACCACAAUCCUUAAGGCCUUUUUAUGGUUGUGCGUCGAAUCGACAGCGUACCCUCGCAGACCCCUCUGCGUCUACGCCGGACACCACGCCGUAGCCUGACGUGCACCUCUCGAAAGAUUUAACUACACGUCGCCGUGACUUGGCAGCGUUGCAUUUCCCCCGACUCAU